UCUCCUCCCCAUAAAUGCCACGCUAUCCCCAACUUUUGUUACUGUACAUGCGUCCUUUCAUAUAUUACUGUGCUCCUUCGUCUCCCGAAAACAAAGCGUCCAUUCCCUCGCCUCGCACAACAACGGACUCUGAUUCAGUAAACAGUCACUACUCUGAGUCUCUGACAAACCCAACUCUCUCUCUCUGUCUGCGUGCUUGGCUUCAGCUUUAGGUUUUGCUUCGCCGUUAAUGGGAUGGAGCAGAACGACGUGAUUCCACCCUUCGUUAUAAAGACUUUCCAUAUGGUCAGCGAUCCCGCCACCGAUGCUCUCAUCACUUGGGGUCCAGCCAACAAUAGCUUCAUCGUCGUCGAUCCUCUGGAUUUCUCCCAGACGAUCCUACCUGUAUAUUUCAAGCACAACAACUUCUCCAGCUUCGUUCGUCAGCUAAACACCUACGGGUUUAGAAAAGUGGAUCCAGAUCGAUGGGAAUUCGCGAACGAGUGGUUCCUUCGGGGGCAGAAGCACUUGUUGAAGAAUAUCGUGAGGAGGAAACAAAGUAGGAUCAGUAGCUCUCAUGACGAGGUGGACGACGACGCGUUGAUGACGGAGAUAGCGAGGUUGAAGGAAGAGCAGAAAUCGUUGGAGGAAGAGCUUCAAGGGAUGAAUAAGAGGUUGGAGACAACAGAGAAACGACCCCAACAAAUGAUGGCGUUUCUGUGCAAAGUCGUGGAGGACCCAGACGUCCUCUCUCGUAUUUUGCUAGAGAAGGAGCAGAAGCAACUGACAGAGAAGAAGCGGCGGCUGAUGACAUCAUCGCCGUCGUCUUCGUCCGGUAUGGCGUCGGCGGUGAAGACCGAAUUUGAGGAAGAGGAUGCUGCUUUGGGUGCGAUAAUAUCUUCGCCGUCGCCGGAAACGACUACUGGACUUGAGUUUGGUCGUUAUAACAGUCAGGCAUCGCCAAUGGAGGAAACAAUAAUCAACGGCCCCGAUACAACAUCGGGUUGGUGGAGCGAGAGAAACGACACUAUAAUGGGGAGGCCUCGGAUAAAUCAAUUACAAGCUCAUAAUUAUUGCAACUCUGGGUUAAGCCCGUUGACGGCGGUUGUGGCGGCGAGAAUGGAUGAGAAAGCGGCGAUGUCGAUGUCGGCGCGUGAGGGAGAAAGCAACUCGGCGAGCGAGGGGCAAACGAGCUACUAUUUUACAGAAAUGGCGGUGGAGAGCAGUUCACGGCCAACUUAUCCAUUUUCGCUGUUGGAAGGUGGCUUCUAGCUCAUCGUGUUGGCUUCAGCUUCACAACGAUUAUCUUUUUAAUUUUUUGGGGACAAUACACAGUGAUUUAUCUUUGAUUUCGCCAUUUGUGCUAAAUUCUGAUUCUAUGUUCUCUUGUUUACUUCU